UCACCAUCGCUGUUCACUCUGUUUGAACACUCAGGUAGUGUAGCAUGAAAAUGAGCAGGAUGCUGGCUGGGAUCAAAUGUGUCGUGUUUUUGAUGGUCCUGAUUUUCCAGUGGACUCAUGCAAGAGGAGAUACUGAAGUGUCCUGCAUUUUCAUGGAAAGCUGCAUGUUACGGUGCAGCUAUAGUGGCAGUGAUGUAGUCAUCCACUGGCCUCAGGUAUCAGCAGGAGACCUUAAUGUCCACUCAUUCUACAAUAACCAAGACCAGCUCAAACUCCAGAGUGAGCGCUUCAGAGGCAGGACGUCACUAUUCAAUGACCAGAUCGCUGCAGGAAACGCCUCACUGCAGCUGAAAAAGGUGGAGGUUCAGGAUGAAGGCAGAUACAAGUGCUACACCAGCACUGACGGAGGAAACCAAGAAUCAUUUAUUAACCUAAAGAUAAAGGCUUCAGGUAAUUCAGGAGCUAUUUUAGGAGGAGUGAUUGCAGCCAUCGUGAUUACAGGAGUAGUAGCAGCAGUAGGCUUCAUGCUUUAUAAACGCAGAAAAGGGCAACAAGAACCACAAAGUACAGACAGUGAUUCUACAUACGUGAGUAAAUGUUUUAUGAACUACAGUAUGAAAACUUGUUUGAAAACAGUGUUAUGGAUGAACAAUGGAAGGUAUUCAACGACCAGUGGAGGUGAAAUAAGCAGAGAACAGUUCAUGGUGCUUAUUGGUGAAACCUCUCAGUUCAGAGUGCGUGGGCACGGAGGCAGAAACAUUCCUGCACACUUGCGUAAUGACAGCUACAUGAUGAACAAUGGAAGGUAUUCAACGACCAGUGGAGGUGAAAUAAGCAGAGAACAGUUCAUGGUGCUUAUUGGUGAAACCUCUCAGUUCAGAGUGCGUGGGCACGGAGGCAGAAACAUUCCUGCACACUUGCGUAAUGACAGCUACAUUGGACUCAAGCAAGAGGAGAAGCUGAAAAAAAAAGUGACUUCUAGUAAGCUGAACUUUUUUGAUGUCUAUCUUCUGGUUGUUUCAGAUACUGAAGUGUCCUGUGUUUAUAUGGAGAACUGCACAUUGCCAUGCAGCUAUGAGGGUGCUGAUGUAGUCAUUCACUGGCAUCAGGUGUCAGCAGGAAAUCUUCCCGUUCACUCAUUCUUCCACAAUCAAGACCAGCCAGGAAACUCGGCCCAGCGCUUCAAAGGCAGAGCAUCAACCUUCAAGGACCAGAUCUCCAGAGGAAACGCCUCAGUCCUGCUGACAGGAGUGAAGGUUCAGGAUGAGGCCAGAUACAGAUGCUACACCAGCACCAUCAAUGGAAACAUGGAGUCAUUUAUCAACCUAAAGACAGAUGCUCCAGUCCAUAAAGUCGACGUUUACCAGGGAGAAAACGGGAUCACCUGCAGGUCAGAGGGGAUCUAUCCAAAGCCUGAACUCAUCUGGUCCACCAGCCCUCCAUCCAGUCUGACUUUCAAAAACACCACCACAGUCAACCAGACUGAACAGCAGCUUUACAACAUCAGCAGCUCUCUGAUCCUUUCAGGCAGUGAUCACGAUCUGAACUUCAGCUGCACCGUCAGCACUCGCAGAAACAGGAAGAGUGUAGCUUUUCUUAAAAUGCCUUCUCAAGAUGUUCUUGAGUAUGAGAACACAAUCCCAUGCAGUCCAUCAAACAUUACACUCUCAAAUCUCAUUUGGAGAUUCAACCACAGUCAGCUCAUCCUGAAUGGGACUGUCACAAACUACACAGUCUCAGAGAAAUGGAAGCAGCAUGUGAAGAAGCUUUCAGAGUCAGGCAGCCUCACACUACAGGACAUAUCUGCUUUUAGAAUUUUUUGCCGUUAUUGUAGCAACUUUGUUUGUUGCUAUUAUGUUUAAACUACUAGCAGCAGUGGUCGUUAAGAUGUAUGGACGAGGAAGAGGUAAAAUGCCCCCCACCUGUCAGAACUCUGCGCCCCACCUGUGGGGUGCGCUACACACUUUCAUAAUCACUGCCCCAGAGCAUCGAGAACAACGACGAAGAGACAGCAAAAAGGAUACUGCUAAACUUCAGCUAAUAGGAAAUGGAAGCUCUAAAACCAUCCAAGCACGCCCCGGUAAACGCACUGCUUUGGUCCGGUGUGUAGUUCUGUGACUGCAGUGAAGACGUCGAUCCCUCUGAACUCUGCUGAGUUUUGGCUUUCUGCUCAGUAAAGCACAAACUUUCAUGAGUGAAAAACCUGCUGAUGACGACCUUCAAAUCAGUGACUUGGAGCCAUCAAAAACUGAAACGUGCACGCACCCAGGGCCGUGCAGAGAUGUUUAAAGGGGCGGUGCUCAAAGUUAAAAAGGGGCACAUAGAACCAGGCUGAAUAACAACAACACACAUUCAUCUUUUUGUCGCCUGUCCGGUUUGGCUCUUUUGCCAUCAGAAUUAUUGUCUAAAGGCAAAGAAAGACAUACAUUCAUCAAGAAUCUAAUAUGCAAUCGCAUCAUACUAUAUCAUUGUCGUCAGGUAGCAACAGUGCAGCACAAACCUAACCUAUGUUUUACCUGAUGGGGUGCAAUGUUGCUGUUGCUCCUGCUGUUCCUGCUGCUGAUAGUGCUGAGGGCAGAGCUGUGUUGAUCUGAGACAGCACUUGGAAUCAUAAGGCAACAAACUGAGAAAUAAACAAGGCUCUACUUGUGACUCACUCUUUGCCUCUCUUCCUCCUUCCAUCUCGUCAACACUCUCCAUUUGCUGUCCAACGGAGAAUAAGGCACAAUUUGCUAUUGCAUUAAUCUGUUAUUUAAUUAUCCACACUUAACAACUCUUGCACUUAAUUUAUAAUAAAGUUAUAACAAAACAACGUUAUAGAACCAAAACUUUCCAAAUAUGUUUAUUAUUAUUUUAUACUUGAAUACCUCUGAAACAACUGGUACACGUAUGUUACCUGUGCUCCUUGUAAUCCAGCUGCUGAGGGAUCCACUGCCUUUAGCCUCACACAGCUCCUACUGUUUCCUCCUCAUGUCCUUACCUUAAUCAACUGAGGUGAAUGUUAGCAAAUUUACCUGCAGCAAAUAUUAUAUCAGACUCCCUUUGCAGACGAUUAUUUUUUGCAGCUUUUGUAACCACAUGAGCUGCUGGAAGAACCUGUGUGUUUUUUGACUUUUUUGAUUGAUUUUGGUUCUUGACUUUCUUGACUUUGUGUUUUGUUUUGUUUUUAAGUUGACACUGUUCAUUAUUUUAGACAUUUUAACAUCAAAAUAAGUGCUCAUUCUUCUGCUUGUGUUUAUGUGGCAUUUAGACUCUUACUGUAUUCUUCAUACAGUUGGGCAAUAUAAUCAAUCAAAAAUGACAGUCGGAUGAAAACCGUGUUUUCACUUGUCCCAUAAGAAUCUUGUUUGGUUAAUCCACAAAUCUGUGUUUGUACGAGCGAGGGCUCAAAGCAAAGAGAAGAUCAUGUGUUUUUGCUUUUUUUGUUGUUCUUUAACAUCUUUUAAAGAGGAAAAUGAUUACCUAGGCAGGAAGGAUAUUAAUGUAAUUAAGUAUUUUCAAGGGUGACAAUAAUCUUUGAGUUUGUCUUUACCUGCAAAAACUGCAAAAAUAAAAAAGAACAAAGCAUCAGUGACCGAGGAUGGUACUUUAGGAAACUGCACAAGCAAAAAACAUUAAAAAAGCAAGAACAGAAACUUGAAACAUCUGGACAGGAGAUUGUUUUAUUGAGUGUGAUCUUAUUUUAUUUUUAAAUCAAGUUAUUUUAAGGGAUAUAAUUUUAAAAUGAAAUGAUGUUUAUACAAAAUCUUGAAGAUGUUUUCAGUCAUCUGUGAGUCAUCAAAUUUCCUCUGAUGUUUCAAAAAAAGAAAACCAUAAAAAUAUUAAAUGCAUUAUCCUUCUUGUUAACCUACGAUUUAUAUUUUCAUUAGUUUUGGUUCAUUUUUUUAAUUAAAAUUUAUCAUGUCUAACAAUAAAUCGUUGUUUUUUCUCCA